UCCUGAAGCGUUACUAUCAAGCCCUAAAAUUUUGCGCGUCGCUUGUGUCAGGUUUAAAGUCAGACAGACUGUGCCUUUCUCCAACUAUGUUCCCUCUCCGUGGUUGUGGUCGCCAGAUUGCGGCUUCUUUCACCAAACGGCUGUUUCCGUUGGCCCGGUGCAGCGGUGACAGCGCUGCGCCCGGGAUCCCGCACUUCGAUGUGGUCGUCAUCGGCGGAGGACACGCCGGGACCGAGGCUGCCGCCGCUGCCGCUCGGUGCGGCUCCCGGACUCUGCUACUCACGCACCGCGUCGACACGAUCGGUCAGAUGUCUUGUAAUCCUUCCUUUGGUGGCAUCGGAAAGGGGCAUUUAAUGAGGGAAGUUGAUGCUUUGGAUGGCCUGUGUUCCCGAAUCUGUGACCAGUCUGGUGUACAUUACAAAGUAUUAAACCGGCGUAAAGGACCAGCUGUUUGGGGUCUGAGAGCUCAGAUUGAUAGGAAACUUUAUAAACAGAACAUGCAGAAAGAAAUCCUAAAUACACCACUGCUCACCGUCCAGGAGGGAGCUGUAGAGGAUCUUAUUCUCGCAGAGCCAGAACCUGAGCACACUGGGAAAUGCCGGGUCAGGGGUGUUGUUUUGGUGGAUGGAAGCAAAGUAUAUGCGGACAGUGUGAUUCUGACUACUGGGACAUUUCUGAGAGGCAUGAUUGUAAUUGGAUUGGAGAUGCAUCCGGCGGGACGUUUAGGGGAUCAGCCUUCCAUAGGCUUGGCUCAGACCCUAGAGAAGUUGGGGUUUGUGGUGGGAAGAUUGAAGACUGGGACUCCACCCCGGAUUGCCAAAGAGUCGAUUAAUUUUAGCAUUCUAAACAAGCAGACACCAGAUAACCCACCAAUACCAUUCAGCUUUAUUAAUGAAACAGUGUGGAUUAAGCCAGAAGAUCAGCUGCCAUGUUACUUGACUCACACCAACCCUAGAGUGGAUGAGAUUGUCCUUGAGAACCUUCACCUAAAUAGUCAUGUUAAAGAAACUACGAGAGGACCUCGAUAUUGUCCCUCCAUUGAAUCAAAGGUUUUGCGUUUUCCAAACCGUGUACAUCAGGUUUGGUUGGAACCUGAAGGAGUAGAUUCUGACCUCAUUUACCCCCAAGGGUUAUCUGUGACACUACCAGCUGAAUUACAAGAGAAAAUGAUCACGUGCAUCAGAGGCCUGGAGAAAGCUAAAAUGAUCCAGCCAGGCUAUGGUGUUCAGUAUGAUUACUUAGACCCCCGUCAGAUCACUCCUUCUCUUGAGACUCACUUGGUGCAACGGCUUUUCUUCGCUGGACAGAUAAAUGGAACUACUGGUUAUGAGGAAGCUGCAGCUCAAGGUGUGAUAGCUGGAAUCAAUGCAAGUCUUCGGGUCAGACAUAAGCCUCCUUUUGUUGUUAGCCGAACAGAAGGCUACAUUGGAGUCUUGAUUGAUGACCUCACCACACUGGGCACCAACGAACCAUACCGAAUGUUUACCAGCCGCGCAGAGUUUCGUCUGUCACUGCGCCCUGACAAUGCUGACAGCCGCCUCACGUUCCGAGGCUAUAAGGAAGCUGGCUGUGUGUCCCAACAAAGAUAUGAAAGGGCUUCUUGGAUGAAGUCUUCUAUACAAGAAUGCAUUUCCAUGCUAAAAUCCAUUGAGUUUUCAAGUUCUAAAUGGAAAAAGUUAAUUCCAGAGGCUUCUAUAAGUACAGAUAAAAGUGUGCCUGUCAGAGCUCUAGAUGUUCUGAAGUAUGAGGAAGUUGACAUGGAGUUAUUGGCCAAGGCUAUUCCAGAGCCCUUGAAGAAGUACACUGAAUGUAAAGAGCUAGCCGAAAGACUGAAAAUAGAAGCCACUUAUGAAUCAGUAUUGUUCCAUCAGCAACAAGAAAUAAAGAACAUCCAGCGAGAUGAAGCUCUCCAGCUGCCAAAAGACCUAGAUUAUUUGACUCUCAGGGGUGUGUCUUUGUCCUCUGAAGUUCGAGAGAAGCUGCAUUUCAGUCGCCCACAGACGAUUGGGGCCGCUAGUCGCAUCCCCGGAGUGACACCUGCCGCCGUCAUCAAUCUGCUCAGAUUUGUGAGGACCGCUCAGCAGAGACCGGUGGCUGCGACUAAAUCACCCAAAACUGGACAAUGCUUAUGUGAUACAGAGAAACUCGAAGAGCAACAGUUAUAGCUUUCUCUUCAAGGAAAACCUUUAGUUAAUAUAAGUGUAUAAAUAGGCGAUAAAUAUUUCUAUAUAGCACCUGUUAAAAUAACCUUAUUAGUUAUUAUAGCUUUGUCAUUAAUUUAUGAAGAAGACAGAUUAUUAUUCCACUUUUUGUAUAUCUGAAAAAAUAAACUCUUAAUUUAUACUCUUU